UACAAAUGGAAACGUUAUUAUCAAUUUUAGAUUUUUAGAAGUAGUGGGUAAUAGUUUAUAUAAUUUAGGAAACUUUGUGUCUUUUGGAAACUCUCGUUUAAUAUAAAUAUACCUGCCAGGACUCCUAUUGGAGUACCUCUUUCCCAUUAUUUUCACAUGGUAUCACGAGCCCAAACCUAAUUUUUUUUUCUCUCGAUCCUUACUAUCGGACGAUGGCUUCGUCCGCCUCCUCCUCCACCGCUAUGGCUUCGGCUGCCAUGAGCUUGGCCGUUUCUUCUGCCCCGGAAUCCUCUUCAACAUCAAUCCUCCAACCAAGUGUGGUCUUCACCUCCUCCGCUGCACAUCUAUCUCCUACAUCCGGCUCUCCCUUGUUGCGGCCGGCCUCUUCCCUUCUCUUCACCAAUUUUCCUCCACCACCAACUUUUUCCAUAGCUGACAAUUCCCCUUAUGUUUCUACCCGGCCAUCUAUUUUUCCGGAACAUCAACCAGUUUUCCAGCCGCAGGCAUCGAUUCAGCCGCAGCAACCGGUCUUCUCCAGCCCUCAAGUCCCGGCUUCCUCGUUUUUUGGCUCCACCUUCUCCGGCUCUCCGGGUGUGAUUCGUCCAGAUGAUCAGCCGGGUCAUUCCUCUCCAAUGGCAUCCCUUGCCCAAUCUGUGGCGCAUAUCACUACGGUCUCUCAAAUUGUCACCAUUAAAUUGAAAGCUGUCGAAGAUUAUCUCACCUGGCGCACACAGUUCGAAUCCUUCUUGGUAUCUCAAGGAUUGUUUGGCAUGGUGGAUGGCUCAAUUCAGGUACCCUCCAUGUAUAACUUUGAUUAUCUAAAUCGCCCAGUUCCAAACACAGAAUAUCAUUAUUGGCUCCGAGUAGAUCAAACAAUAAGAUGUUGGUUGUUUGCUACUCUAACUCGGGAUGUGUUAGUUGAUGUUCAUGAUCUGAAACACUCAGCUGCUAUCUGGGCUAGACUACAGACUAGAUUUAUGUCUGCCAGUUUACCCCGAUGCAUGGAACUUAAGCGAUUAUUGUCCAAUGUCAAGAAGAAAGAAACCCAAUCCAUGGAAGCUUAUUUACGGGAAAUCAAGAAUUUAGUUGAUGCUCUAGCCGCUAUUAAUUCUCCUGUUUCGCAUAAAGAGUUACUUCAGUCUGUUUUGGCUGGUUUGGGUCCAGACUACAAGCCUCUUGCCACUACUGUAUCUCUAUUUCCCGAAAACUUUCCCUUUGACAUUCUUGAACCCCGUCUCCUUGAAGCCGAACAACAAAUUUUAUCUGAACGUCAACAACACGCAGCUAUUAGUCAUCAAGCUUUUGCAGUCGCUGCUAAUGGGGGGCAGCAGCCGUCGGGCUAUGCAGCUCGCGGCAGGGGAGGCCGCGGCAGGGGACGAGGAGGCCGCCAGGGUCGUGGUCGUGGCCGAGGGCCACCACACCAGCCCUAUGGUUACCAGGCAGCACCGUUUUUCGGUGCACAGCAGCCGGCAGGAGCACCGCCAUCUCACGGAGGUCAUCCAGCAGUUCCUGGCAUCGGCCAGCAGGGGCUCGGUCAGCCUGGAACUAAUCAGCAGCAAGCUUAUUUUCAGGGGGUGCAAUCUUCUCGUCCAAACACUUCAGGCUUCCCAUCGGGUGAGGGAAUUCUUGGUUCUGUUCCACCGCCUGUUGUCUGUCAGCUUUGUUUCUCUGCAGGUCACUCUGCUCUUCAGUGUCCAUCCCGAUAUGCUCCGCCAUCUGCGCCAGCUUUGCUGACCUCCAAUGGGGAAUCAAACUCUGCUUUAUGGUAUCCUGACUCUGGAGCUUCGGCUCACAUGACUCCUACGGAAGGACAAACUUUCGGGGACGGUCCUUCUGCAAGCUCCUAGUCAUGAUCAUCUCUAUCCAGUCAGCCUCAGUCCUCAGACACCGCUUGCUUUGUCUUCCCUUGCUUCAUCUGGCUCGAUUUGGCAUCGUAGAUUAGGCCAUUGUGGCACUUCUAUUUUACGUACUUUACAUAGUCAGCAUCAUAUUAGUAGUAUAUCUCCCUUUUCCCAUGACUGUAUUUCUUGCCGUUUAGGCAAAUCUCAACGUCUACCCUUUCUGGAUGCUACUCAUAAU